AUGCGCUGGGCGGCAGCAACUCCGCCACCGGCGCAGGGGGGCGCGCCGCCCGCCCCGCGCCCGCGCAGCGCCGCGGCUUGGACACACCGCCCCCUCCCGGCCCUGCCCUCCGCGCCCCGCCGCGCGCGCGCGGACAACGCGUCCGCGCCCCCCCGGUGCCCGCGAGGGCGCUCCCAUCGCCUUUGUCUGGCGGCGCCGCCGCCCCGCGCAGCGCCCGAGCAGCGCCCCGGGGUCGCGCCGCCGCCCGCCCCUCGCUUCGCCGCCCGCCUCGCCGGGCGCCCCCCCUCCCCGGCGGCUCCCCCCACGGCCGCCGGCCGAGUGAGCUCACCCGGCCCCCGGCCGCCGCCGCCGCGCCGCCGCCGACCAAUCAGCGCCGCGCCGCCCCGCGCCGCGCCCCCAUUGGCCCGGGCGGGAAGCGGGGCUCGGACCGGCGCGCCGGGGGGAGGGGGGGGGGGCACUCCCGUCCCCGUCUCCGUCCCCGUCCCCAUCCUUAUUCCCAUCCCUAUCCCCAUCCCUCCUCCGAGCUCCGCCGGCGGGGCGAUCCCCCCACCGGUGCUUCCAUCCGCCGAGCCGGGGGUCCGCUCCCUUGCGUUCAAAAGCACAGCCAUCCCUCCCCGCAGCCCGGCCGGUCCCCGCCGGCCUGGGAGCGGAGAAUUCGCCGUGCCCCUUCCUCCCCUACCUGCGGGCCGGGCUGCGCAGAGCCCCGAGCGGGCUUGCGGGGAUAGCUGCCCCGACACUAUCGCAUCUUACGCCCGGGCAGCGGGGCGGGAGACGGAGAGCCCCCGGACCGGUUUUUUAUCCCGGAGAGAGAAAUCCAGACCUCUCAGGAACAACCAGAAGAGCGAAACAAACAAGAAACCGCAGAAGAAAGCAUUGGAAAGGCGGCCGGGAGAUAAUCCAGGAAUGCUUCAGAUAAGGAAGAGGGGGGGACUAUACGUACGGAGAUACCCGAAAAGUCAGAGCCUAAUGGAACGACUGAAAGAGGGACGGUGGGUUGGGGGGGAAACCCGCACUUGUUUAGAGCCUAUUAAAGGUCACAUCGGGCUGGGGGGUGGGGUGCGGGUAAUGAUAAAAGGAGUUUAAGAAAGAGGGGUUUAAGCGCGCAGAUGAAGCGCAGAACCAGGAUUUGGGGGGUUUGUUUACUGGCUCCCGAUGCAGAAAACAAAAGAGCGGCGGGUCCAUCCGGAGAGUGAGCCCGAGGUCAGCCGGGGCUGCGCUGCUCCCACCGCCGGCACAGCUCGGGCCCUGUGUGCCGCGGCCGCCCGGCGCCCCGGGAGUCCGCGGGGACCGCGGAACGGGAGCUGCCCGCUCCCCCACGGCCGGGUCUGACGCUUGCAGAAGUUAUGGAGUGGUUUGAUUAAUUAAAUGGUGGGCUUCAUAAAAUAUUUCCUAAUAAAAUUUACGGUUGUCUUAAAAGUUUCCAACAGUGCUAUCAUUUUUUUUUUCUUAAAUAAAAUUAUCUGGGAAAUGAGUUACUGGCUGGAAUUUUCGAGACUUCAACGGUGACAGCAGUGCCGG